AUGGCUCGACACAAAGGCAGCGUGUUUGGCGCGCUGGGGGAAGAAGCACAGCCCAGCUCCGAACAACUCAGGAACGAUUUGGCCAUUAAGUGGUCAAAGUUGUGCUCCUCGAAAUGGGUCUAUUUGGAGGAUGAGGGCGCACGCAUUGGUGAAGCUGUACUUCCAAGCUCCCUCUACCAACGGCUGAGGGGAGCCUCAUUGGUGCUCCAUUUGGACGUGGCCUUUGCGCUUCGCGCCACGCGGUCUCUGGAGCUCUAUGGGCCCUUUGGAGCGGAGGCCUUAUGCUCAGCCGUAGAGAACUUCCGGCACCGCAUGGGGCAUCGCUACACGGACGAGUUGCAGGAGCUUUUGCGGCAAGGUCAGCUGCGCCCAGUCUGCGAGGAGAUCUUGAGAAACUACGACAAGGCCUACGACUACCAUUUGAACAGGGGCCGCCGUAAAGAUCAGAUCCUUCGACUGGAGGUUUCGACCCUCAACUGCAGUGCCGUGGCCCAUGACGUCGUGGUUCCCGCGGCGGCGGCACGGGAAGCCGCGGCGCCGGAGGACACUGCCAGGCUGCCCAGUGGCCAAAGCAAGUCCGCCCAGGUCAGGGAAGCCAAGUGCUUUUGCGGCGCGGUGAUCUCCCGAGCCACAGGUGACCCAGCGGCAGUGUCCAUUUGUCACUGCUCCAUUUGCAGGCGUUUGUCGGGUGCCCCCUUCGUGGCAAGCGCUGUCUUUCUGCCGCAACGGGUGCAGUUCUUGUCGUCAUUGGACGGAGGCGAGCCACAACUCACAGAGCUGCAAACCUCCAAGGAG